UUAUUAAUUAACUUUGCAGUAUUGAAAGGUGGUGAGGACAAAAUCACCGUGACAUGGGGGCUGAACCAGACCGUCGCAGCGGGGACUGACUCGACCUACAAGACCAUCAAGGUCAAGCUAUGCUACGCUCCCAUAAGCCAAGUUGACCGUGGGUGGAGAAAAACUGUAGACGAUCUAAAAAAGGACAGGACUUGCCAGCAUAAGAUCGUUGCUAGACCUUACAACCCUGCUAACAACACCGCCCAGUCCCAUGAGUGGACUGUUGAGCGUGACGUGCCCACUGCCACGUACUUCAUUCGAGCCUACGCUUACGACGCAGAUGAAAAGGAGGUGGCCUACGGGCAAACAACAGAUGCAGGCAGGACCACCAAUCUGUUUCAAGUCCAAGCAAUCAGUGGACGCCACGUCACAGUGGAUACUUGCUCGAUAUGCUUUAGUGUUUUCUCUGUCGUGUCCUUGUUUGGUUUCUUCUACAAUGAGAAGAGAAAUGCAAAGAGGCCUCAGUGAAGUGAACGAGGCAAAAGAGAAGGUGAACUUUGCAG